GUGCCGAAGAGCAAGACCGAUCGGUAUUUAUGUACAUACAUCAGUUGAUGCGAAGCCGUGAAACGGAGUGUAAACAAAAAGUGUAAGCACGUGUUUGCGAAAUUGAAAAAUAAAAAAACUUAACAUGGAUAAAGGAUUAAUACGCAAGAGAUAUGCUGUGAAUAGCGAAUUCGAACACCAAUCCGUCGAUGAACGUCUUGGGCGUAUUGAGAAAGCAUUGGAGAGAAUUGAAAACAGACAAAUAAAAAUUGAAGGAUACUUCGCGAAUUGAAAAAACUUUGGAGGCAAUUAACAAUAGGCAAAUGAAAAUUGAAGAAACCUUACAGGAUACCUUGCCCAAAAUUCGCUCAGCUGUAGACCAAUUGAUAAAGAAAAAUGUUCCAAUUACCACCAAAAAGAUAUUUCCAAUAUUGACUUUGGGUGAUCUGGAGGAAGCAAACAAGGAAGUUGGCAAUGAAAUCGAGAAAUACACUCAAAUAUUAAAAAUAAUAAUUAAUCCGGAAGGAAUUUUUAAAAAUUUCAAUCGAAUUUUAAGCGAUGAAGUCAUUCAUCAGUUAAAUUAUGAUGGGGUGAAUUCCAAAAUUGCCUUUAAAGAGUAUAAGUCCUUGAAUAAGGCAUUGUUUGAAGCCACUGCCAAAGAAGGGACUACACAUAAAGACUUCGUAAAAGAGAUCAGAAACUGUUUUCGUGCAUAUAAGAGCCGCAAUUUCAAAAAAUUGUAUGACCAAAAGAAAAAGUCAAUAAAUAGCCAAUAGUUAUAUUUUCAACACUUAA